CGCAAUUGAUCAGCGAUCUUUGCGAUCUUCCAGCAGCUAGUAUCAAAUUUGCCAUCGAGGAGGGACUGAGUGAGAGACAUCAUGGCAUCGCACUCGGAGCCAACAGCGUACGGCACGAGUUCACUUGCCAGUGACGAGCGUCUGAGUGCUCGCGCUGCUGCUCGGCGCAAAUGGAUCAGAUGGGGGAUCAUUGGUGCGUCUACAGGAAUCAUCGUCAUCGGAUUGGUGGUGCUGGGCAUCUCCUUCCACUCAGCCAAGUCUACUGUGUCCACUGCAAGCCCCAAUGAGGAGGAAAUCGAGUGUUUUCAGAGCUCGAACAUCGACAAUGUGACCAACAUGAUGGAACCGAUCAAGGGGCUCAAGUGGAAGCUCGGGGGUGAGAAAACCACGGACUCAUUCAUCGCGAUCGACGUGGACACCAAGUAUCAGGAGAUCAUGGGCUUUGGUGGUGCGUUUACGGAAGCCGCGGCACUGCAGUUCCAUAAACUACCGAAAGAUAAACAAGAGGAGGUAUUGACGCUCUACUUCGACAAGAACAAGGGCAGUGCGUACAACUUCGGUCGCGUGCCGAUGGGGUCGUGUGACUUCUCGAUGGGGUCGUACAAUUUCGCCGAGACGGAGAACGACAUGGAACUUAAGGACUUUGAUGUGGACGUGACACACGACACGGAGAUGAUUAUCCCAUUCAUCAAGCGUGCGUUGAAACGCCGACCAGACAUGAAGAUGUUCUUGGCGCCGUGGAGUCCACCAGCUUGGAUGAAGCGAUCGAGUUCCGACUACAACGCGAGUAUGUUGGGAUCCGUGAAGCCGGUAGGACUGCGAGACGACAGGCGUGCUCCAUGGGCUCUCUACUUCUCCAAGUUCAUCACUGCAUACAAGAAGCACGGCAUCGACUUCUGGGGUCUCUCACCGCAGAACGAGCCAGAGUUCGCGGCGCCAUGGGAAGCGUGUGCCUACAAUCCCGAGUAUGAAGCUGAGUUCAUUGGCGAGUUCCUGGGUCCUGUACUCGAACGUGACCAUCCUGGUCUUACUCUAAUGGUGUUUGAUCACAACCGUAACAACGUGCAGCACUGGGCUGAAGUGAUCUACAACCACCCGACUGCUAGCAAAUACGUCGACGGUAUGGCUUUCCACUGGUACGAGGAUGGCGGUGAGCGCUACAUGGAUGGCGUCGAGUAUCCCGAACACCUGAACGACACUCACUUCAUCGAUCCGAACCGCUUUAUGCUGGCUUCGGAGAGCUGCAAUUGUCCUGGUGUUGCCGUCGGCAAGGACGCCUGGUUCCGUGCUCAACGUUACGGCCACGAUAUUAUGUCUGAUCUCAACAAUCACGUAGCUGGCUGGGUCGACUGGAACUUGCUACUUGACCACACUGGAGGACCGAAUCACAAGGGUAAUCUGUGCGACGCUCCGAUCAUCUUGACUAAGAAUGAGACGGACUUCAUCAUCCAGCCCAUGUAUUACUUCAUCCAGCACUUCUCCAAGUUCAUUCCGGUUGGAUCUCGUCGUGUGGAUGUUGAGGUUGCAGCACGCUUCGAGAAGCCUGGUGACGCGCAGUUGUAUGUCGACUAUCAGUCUUCUCUUGCUACUUGCGAUGGCAGUUCACGUCAGAUGAUUCACAAGACGGACGAUAACAAGAUGCAGGUGACGAACACACCUUUCUGUCUGAAUAUGGUGCCAACUCCGAGUAAAGGACGUGAAAUUCGACUGGUGGAGUGUCAGUGGACGCAGCAAACGUGGACGUUUGAGGAAGACACGAACCGUAUUCGUAUUGACGACUAUUGUUUGUCACUGAGUCGUGGAUCGACUGAGAAUGGUGUGCGUAUCACGGCGGAUAAGUGCGAACCAGAUGUGGCUCCGCACCAGCAAUGGACGUUCAACGCGGAAGACGGCACAAUGCGCUCGAAGGCAUCGACAUCCAACCAGUGUGUGACGACGGGCUACUCGUUCGUGCAAGCUGCUGCGUUCGUGACGCCUGAGAACCGCAAGGUGCUGGUGGUGCUUAAUGAGAACACGGAGCCGGCGGAUUUCCAGGUGCAAGUCGGCGAUGCGGUGCUUGACACGUCGGUACUGGCGGGUGCAAUCCGCACGUAUGUCUGGUAAGCGGUCACAAUUGAAGUAUCCAAGGAGCAUGAAGACGAGGCACUGAACAGCAGCCAUUAAUGAACAACAUCCUUGUAUCACGGUCACGUUCGACGCUCGACUUCUGGAAUAUCUUUGGUCUCAUGGUGAUGACGGCAACGACUCGUCUUGCCCUGCUAUCCAUCAUCAUCAGCCAAAGCUCAAACCACUCUCACCCUGACACCACGCGCAAGAUUCCUCUGAUCUCGUGGUAAGCAUCAGCUCGGCUUGCGUAAUUUACGAACCGAAAAUAAAGAAAGACGGCUGUCCCGUUUCUUACAGGCUUCUGCCACCAAAAAGUAUCAGAAAGCCGUUUAGCGGUAACAAGUGCUGUGCGUUAUGUGAC